CUCACAUCUUAAAUAAAUAUGUGCUUACUUUAAAACAUUGGUUCUCUCUCACCCAUCAAUUCUACCAAAAUUAUUAUAAGUUUUACUCUUUGAAAAUCAUGAAGCUAAUUAGUUUCGCUCGAAUUGGGAUUAUAUCCACAAUUUUAAUUAUUUAUGGAACUUCACAAUCGUACGGUUCCAAAUAUGCCGACGAACUGGCCGAAGCCGGCCAACAGUUGCAAUCCGUCCUGGUCAAAAAUGAAUACACUUCUGACCUCAGAUCUAAUGUUUUUGAGUACAUUUCCCACUCAAAAAAUGGAAUGACCUUCUUCCUCUACGUGAUCCAAAUUAUGCAUGAAAUGCUGAAUCAACCCGAAGUCAAAGAGGUCCUCCAAUUCCUCACGGACAACGACAUCGACAUCAUGAAACUUUUCUCCGUCAACGUGCCACCCAACGUGGUUGACAAAAUGAAGAAAAUGGAGGAAGGCGAAGAUGACUCGGGUUCCGCGGACACCGCCGCUCGACCCCCGCUCCCCAACAUUUCCGACCUCAUCGAUCUCGACGCCUUCAUCUCCAUCGCAAUCGAACUGCUCGAGGAAAACACGGCGGUCCAAAAAAUAUUCGACAUGCUGUCCGAAACCUCCCUUCAACUCGAGGUUUACGCCAUCAUUCAAAAAUACAAGGACACGGACAACUUCAAAAAAGUGUUCCAAAGCAGAGAUGCCCCCAUCAAGCUCCCCACGCAACAAAUUAUUAAGGGACUGACGAAAAUGUUCACGUCGAGGAAGGGAAACGUGGACAGAUUCGUGGAUGGGAUGGAGCUUAUGCUGAAUUGCAAGGAAAAUGCUAAAAACUCGGGGUGUGCCGGGAUCGCGAAGUAUCGGAAGUUGGAAAAGAAGGUGGAAUUAUAAAAAAAAUAUGAGGAUUGGAAUUAUUGUAUACGUAGUACUGACUUUACCGGAAAUAAAUUGAGAUUUGAGAAAGUA